CCCGAUCUCGACGAUAGGCCAGGUCAGAAUCGUAUAAUAGUGAUUCAUAGACUAGAGAAGAUAGCUCUAAUAAUAGCUGCGACGAGUAGUACGAUACCGACCCGACAGAGCCUGAUUUCGAUAAGGACUAACUCAAAGAUCCUAGUGAUAUCGCGUAACUUUUUGCAGAUAAUAAACACUCUGCAGAGUAUUACCUAUAGCCGCGAAAAGUCUACUAUAUUUAUAGAGGACUUAACUAUAGUCGUCGAAACGGCUAGUAGUACGACGAAGAAAAAAUUCGGACACGUUCUAAGCUUGCGCUAUUGCUAUAUCCGAGUUAGUUUGCUCCGAGACCCGCAGGGUAGGCCUUAUAGAAUCUUGAUCGAAUUCAAAUUUGAAUAUAUAAAGGGAUUCCUUAGCGUAAAGGAUAAAAAUACAUAUAUUCUACCGGAGAUUAUUUUUGACCUAUUGCUUGUUCUUAGUCCCUAUAUAUUCUUGCUAGGGCUGCUUUUUGCAGACUAUACCUUUAAGCGAGUUAAAGGAGAGGAAGUUCUAAUAUCCGCCGAACAGCUUCCUCGCUUAUAUAUCCGGGAUAGCUAUAACGAGCUUCUAUUACUGCUCGAUCCGGCCUUAGACGAUAUACCGGUUAAAAAUAUUAGCACUAUCACUAGUUUCCGACAAGUUGCUCGUCCUUAUAGCCUUCGGUACGGGGCUAGGAAGGCGUUAGAUAAUAGCAGGGCCGUAAGUGAUUUACUUCGUAACUUAAUUAUAUACUACGCUAACACUUGUACCUUUUUAAAGUACUACCUCGACCGACGGAUUAACAAGAACCUUCCUGCUAUUAUCCGAGGCCUAAACCUAGAUAACGAUAUUAUAUAUAUAGCUUAUCGAAUAAGCCGGAUAAUUAACCCUAACCGCCCCUAA